AUGUAUGCAGCUGUUCGGUUUGGUCAACGUCACGUACAAAUAUUCCUUUUAUUCACUGCCAUAGUUGUCAAUUAUGUGGCGAAAUUCAAUGUUGGCGUAGCUGUGGUCGCUAUGACCAAUGCAGCGACCACAAAUCCCAAUUUUCCGGAAUACAACUGGAGCGACAUGGAAAAGUCAUAUAUACUCUCGAGCUUUUUCUGGGGAAAUUUCAUCACACAGUUUCCCGGCGGCUAUCUGUGUCGACGUCUGGGCGCCAAACGCACCAUGUUCAUUUCCACACUGGGUUCAUCACUGUUGGCGCUCCUACCGCCACUAUGCGUCAAUUGGGGCGGCUGGAGUAUUUACUGUGCCAUACGCGUCAUACAGGGCCUAUUUCAAGGUUUUCUCUUCCCCUGCAUACACGCGCAUCUGGCCGCAUGGUGUCCGAUCAAUGAACGCAAUCGAUUGGGCGCCUUAGCCAAUACAGGCAUCGAAUGUGGUACGCUACUCGCGAUGUUUGUGAGUGGCAUGCUGGCGGCUUCCAGCAUUGGUUGGCCGGGUAUGUUUUAUAUCUCCGGUGGCAUGGGUUUGAUCUGGUGCGUUGCGUGGCUACUGCUGUCCGCCAAUAAACCAAGUGAGUCGAAAUUCAUUACAACAGCUGAACUCAAUUACAUUGAUGCGUCGAGAAGUAGUAUUAGAAAAAAAGGGAAUGAGGAUGAAGUGCCGCCCACUGCGCCGGUGCCUUGGCAUGCCAUCUUAACCUCGCUGCCCUUCUGGGCUUUGGUUGUUGCACGUUCAGCGCAUUCUUGGGGCUUCUCCACGCUGCAGGCCGAGAUUCCGUCCUACAUGAAAGGUGUGCUCGAUAUGGAUAUGCAGAGUAAUGCUUUCUACUCUGCGCUACCCUAUUUGGCGAUGUGGUGCAUGUCCUACGUGUAUCUGAUUGUGUCGGAUGUGCUGCUGACGCAAAACAUACUCUCACUCACUGCCAUACGUAAGACUUUUAAUACAUUGUCGUUUUGGAUACCUGCUAUGGGGUUGAUCUGCAUUGGGCUGUUGGAAAAUGAUCAGAAAAUAUUCGCCAUUGUACUGAUGAUGAUUAGUGUGGGUAUGAAUGCUGGUGCCACCAUCGGCAGCGCACUAAAUACGAUCGAUCUGUCACCAAAUCAUGCCGGCAUUUUGAUGGGGAUCGUUAAUGCGGUGGCAAAUGUGAUACCCAUAAUUACGCCGCUGCUUGUCGGAGUUGUGGUAACCGAUGAGCAUAGUCGUGAGCAAUGGCAAAUAGUGUUCAUAAUAGCCGCAGUGGUGUUUGCUUUGGGAAAUUUGUUCUACUUAAUUUUUGGUCGAAUGGAAUUACAGCCAUGGGAUGAUAAUGACCAUCUACGGAGAAAGGAAGUUCAGAAUAGGAAGCUGGCGAAAAGGUCCGAUAUGAUGGCGUAUAAGGAGAAACCUAACUGCGUUUUUGUUUUAAAAAUGGUCAAACAAAACUUUGAAUAA